AAUAAUAACCUAACAUGUUCACAACAACUCAGAGAGAGUGAAGAACAGUUGAAGCUAACCACCACCACGCACCGCAACGUGAUGGUGGACGAAGAAGGUGAAUUCGCCGGCACAAUUUGCUCUAUUUGCUACGAAGAUCUCAAACCAGUUUCCGAAGAUCUUCAAUCUAUCUCCGUUUGCGGCCACGUCUUCCACGAGCUUUGCUUGCAGCAAUGGUUCGAGUACUGUUCGAAAGCGAAGAAGCACACUUGCCCCGUUUGCAAGCAGAGUUGCAGGGUCGGCGAUGCUUGCAGGCUUUACUUCCAAUCGGUGGGAGAUGUGGUCGAAUCUGUUAUGCAUCGGAAGCCAUUUGAUUCCGAAGAAGAUUCCGGAGUUUUGAGAAAGGAAGUGAACAGGUUGGAGGUCAGGCUUUCGGGGCUUAGUUCAGAGUUGGAGAAGAAAGGGAAAGAAAUUGAGCAGCUCACCAAGGAGCUUGGUGCUUGCAAGGAGAAAGCAAAGAUUGAAAUAGCAUUAAAAAAUGAGGCCUUGAGUCAAAAAGCAUCCAUGCAAACCGAGCUUCGUAUGAAGUCAGAGGAGCUUGAGAAGUCAACUUUUGAGUGCUAUUCAUUACAAAAAAGAAAUAUCACUUUGGCUAAAGAAAUUGCGGCAUUUAAAUUAGUCUCUGAUCUUGACCUUAAUGAAGAGGAAGUUUUGAAGUAUGCAACUUUGGGUAACGGGUUUAAUCAUAAAGAUACGAUAGACACAUUGAGCAGAUCUAUGGUUCGGCGUAACAGGGAUUACAAAGAUCUAAUAGCUAAACGCAAUGAAUUAGUGGCCAAGUGCAAUCAUCUAGAAAAGGGUGAGGCUCGGUACAGUAAAAAGCUUGAGAAGGCUAAGGAGAAGAUUCUUAAAUUGAAGGCUAGGGUACAAGAACUAGAGACAGCUGCAGAAGUAAGAGAGAACCAUUAUCUGAAGUCUUUGAAAGCUUCAAAGAUGAAUAAGUGUUCAAAUAAUCUUGAAAACAACCUCAGUUCUAAGAAUGAUGUACCCACGACCAGCAAUACUCCAUUAAAUGAGCAAACUAAACAAACUUCACCCAAAUCUGAAAUGGACUUGAGUGUGAGCAACAGUAAAUCUCUACAAUUUUCAAGGAUAGUCAACUGCAUUCCUACCGAAAGUAAAGCUGUAAAUGUUAGUAAUGAAAAUAAAUCUACCCCUGCUCUUCGAAAAGAGAGGGAUUUUAUAUCUCUUGAUGCUGAUGCUUCAGAAUUUACUGAACCUUUGUCUGGAGGGUCAAGACGUGACUGCAAUGAUCGAUACAGGGAUGGUGCUGCUCUUAGCAAGCCUACUGUAGCCAAGUCAGAUGCAGCAUCCGAAAAGAAGGAAGAAACAGCAGCUCAAGGAACAUGUAACUUGGCUGAUUCUUCAAGAAUUGACAUUGAUGUUGAAAUGACGAAAAAUGAUGUCAUUGAUUUGGAUGAUGAUAUAACAUUACUCGAUAAACAAGUUCAACCCAAGGUUAAUAUUAUAAAGGAGUCACCACCAAUAAUUGCAAAUCCAGGGGACAUUUGUUUUUCUGGCGGAUUGCUUGGUCCUGAUGGAUCACAUAGGUACUUGGGUAAAUGGUGCAAGCGUAGAAAAAAUGGCGAAUCGCAAUCAGUAGAUGGAGGAUUGAUAGCUGUUGGGGCUGAUGGUAGAGGUGGCAGAACUAAAGUUCUAAGGACAGCAGGCCAAACCUUCAUGGAUGACAAGGAAAAUGACAAGGAAUCAAAAAGGUUAAAGGUUGGACCUAAGAGAAGUAGUUUGCGACCCCAGGGAUGUCUGCAGAUAGAUCACUUCUUUGGCAGGGUUAAUCACUAAUCAAAAUUUUUUUCCAGGUUUGUGGGCCUUGUAUGUUUUUUAUGUCCAUGUUAUAAAAGGAAAAGGAUUGCAUCAGUUGUUACAAAAAAUAUAUACCAUGGAAAAGGAUGUUGAUUUUGGACAAAAUCUUUUCCAAUUGCUAGUGAAUAGUGAUUACUGGUGUCCAAAAAGAACUAGUGAUUAGCAAUAUUGUA